AUGACUGAUUACGAACAAUACCAAGACUAUAAUUAUCAUCAAUACCCUGUUGAUGAAAAAGUUCAAUUUGAAGAUGAUGUUAAACAAGAAGAAUUUGAUGAAAGUAUUACAAGUGAUGAAGAGAUCAAGAAAGAAGAAUCACCAUUUGUGAAAGAUGGUGAUAUUUACAAGUAUAUUAUUCAAGUGAUGAAAGCUAGAGAGAUGGAGAUCCAAGAGAGAUAUACGGAUGAAUAUAUUAAUUCAAUUGGGUUUGAUACUAGUUUAUUGGUUUCUGCUGUUAAUAUUAUUUCUGAUGCGCCAACUUCAAAUCAAUUAAAAGAAAUUAUUCAAGAGACUAAUGAUCAAAAAUUAUUAUAUCAAUUACAGAAUCCUGAUGUUGAAUUAGGGAUUCAUUUAAGGGAUCAAUCUGAAAAUGCUGAUUUUGAUUUAUUUGAGAAAAUUUUAAAUUAUAAGAAAAAAGAAGGUAUUGAUUUGAAAGAUCAUGAUAAGAUUGUGAAUUUUUUAAAAGAAAGUGAAUAUUGGUUACCACCUAUAAUUGAAAUUGAUGAUGAUGAUUUAUUAAAACAAAUUCAAUCAAAUACAGAUUUAGAGACUUUAGCUUAUAUGGGUGAAUCUUUUUAUAAUAAAAUUGUUAAUGAAUAUCUUAUACAAAGAUUUGAUGAUAGAAAUUUAAAACUGCUGAGUUAUCAUACAAAUAAUAAGAAAAUUUUCAAAGAGUGGGCGCUGAAUUAUAAUUUAAUAGUUGAUGGUUCUUAUAGUGCAGAUCAAGUUUUUUUAGCAUAUUUAGGUGGAUUAGUUUCAUUAAUUCCAUUUAAUGAUAAGAAUUAUGAAUUGAAUUUGAAAACUUGGAUAACCAUAUUAAUUGAACCUUUAUUAUCACAAUUUGAAAGUUCAGAUCCAUUAAAAUUUAAUGCAAUUGAAGAUUUAAAACUUAUUUUAAAUGGUGAUUUGAAAUUUGAACUUUUAUUUAAAAGUAAUCAUCAUCAUCCACAAUAUUUAGUUUGUAUAAAAGCUGGUGAUCAUCCAUUGGCGGGUAGUACAAGAAGUGCAAGUGCUAAAUUUGAUGCAGAGACAAAAGCAUCUUCAGCAGUUUUAUAUAAUCCAGUUUUAAAACAAUUAGCUAUUGAUUUGAGUGAACAAGCAAAAAGAUCAAAAGAACAUUCACCAUCACCAUUUACAACAAAUCCUGGAUCAAAUUCACAUUCACAUUCACAUUCAAAUUCACAUUCAAAUCCAUCACCUGCACAAGCACAUCAAUCUCAAUUUCCAACAACAACACAACCAAUACCAGGACAAACUUCACAUCCACAUACUCCAAUCGCAGGAGGAUUUGCAAGAACUCAACCACAACCUCAACCUCAACAAACUAUUCCACAACCACAUGCACCACAACCUCUACCAUCUCAACAACAACAAUUUUCUGCAGUUAAUGGUGGAGGUGGACCAAUUAUAAAUCAAGUCCAAAAAGCUUCAAAUCCAUAUCCAGAAAAUCCAACAGCGGUUUUCCCACAAGCUGUUAUUAAUGAAGAAUAUCAAAGAUUACAAUUAGAAGCCGAAGCAAACAUUUUAGAAGCACCAAUUGUAGAAGAUGAAUUAAAGAUUGAUACAUCAUCAAAAGAAAAAUUAAAUCAAAUGUUAAUCAAGAAAAGAAUCGGUACUGCUGAAUAUAAAACUGCUAAAUUAAAUAAUUCAGAUGUUCAAGUGACUUGUUAUAUUGAAAAUCAUCCAAUUGCUAAAGCUACUUCAACUAAUAAAAAAAGAGCUGGUCAUAUUGUUGCUCAAUAUAUUAUGAAUUAUCAUGAAUUUUUCUUGGAUAGAUUUAAAGGAAGAGUUUGA